AUGUUUUCCCCUUCUCCCAACUCUAAACCAACCUGGAAAGCCGCGAUCUUUCCUCGCCCUCCUAAAACGCAACCCCGCAAUGUCAAAAGAAGCAUUCUCAAGCACUGGGUGACAGAACACGCACAAGUUGUUUUGCCUUAUUUUCUAGAUGCGGCCGUGGAGAGCUAUGUACAGGUAUGUGAAGUUUCUCUACUACUAUCUCGCCAUGCCCUCUAUUCACGGCCCUCUGUCAAUGUCAUCAUCCGCGCCUCCAGAUUCCAAUCCCAACAAUCUCAUCGCUGUAAUACAGAAAAAAAAUCGAAGCUGGAGAAUGGGAUGGAUGCUUUGAGUUCAUUGGUCCACCUGGCUACACCAGAACCAGCUUGGGAAGCGGCAUAUUAUCACGACAUAAUCGUACCCGACGAACUAAAACUUGUGGUUUCCGAAGCUUCGGAGCAUGUCAAGAUUGUAGAAAAAACUGGCAUCGUAACGGGUGAGAGAAAAGCAAUGAUUGAAAACCGGAAGAGCAAGAUAGAAACUGAUAAGGAUGUGAUGAGUGUAUGGGAAGAGUAUAAGAGAAAGGGGGAAAGAGGAGUGUUCUAA